AUGGAAUCAUUCAAUGUACCAUCAGGAUCAAUAGAGGUUAUUUUUGGCCCAAUGUUUUCAGGCAAAUCAACAGAAUUACUACGUAGAAUCAGAAGACAAACCAUUGCCAACAAAAAGUGUCUAGUCAUCAAGUACCAAGGCGACACUAGAUACUCGGUCGAGAAAAUGUCAACACACGACCAUCAAAUGUGGGCUGCCGUCCCAUGUGACAAAUUAGAAAAUGUUCAACUUGAUUGUCUUCAAUUUGAUGUCAUCGGUGUUGAUGAAGGUCAAUUUUUCCCAGACAUUGUAUCAUUUUGUGAAACUAUGGCAAAUCUUGGAAAGAUUGUAAUUGUAGCAGCUUUGGAUGGUACUUUUCAACGUCGUCCAUUUGGAUCGGUUCUUGAAUUGAUCCCACUCGCCGAAAAUGUCACCAAGUUGCAUGCUGUCUGUAUGAUUUGCUAUCAAGAUGCAGCCUUUUCCAAACGUAUGACUAGCAGUACCGAAGUACAACUCAUUGGUGGUGCCGAAUCCUACAUUUCAGUCUGUCGAACAUGCUAUGCCAAAUCUAGUAUUGCAAUGGCCAACCAACAACAAGGACAAUCUACAAAUUGUUUGACUUCUCCUCCAACUAGUCCAGUUCGUCAAACUGGUGUUUGUCGUUCUUAA